AUGAACAUAGAUGAGACGAAUAGAUUGUAUCAUCAUUAUCAACUCCCUUAUCAAAUAUACGACAAAAAUCAAACCAACACGUCCCCGCUUUAUUUUCAUCCUCCCCCUAACAGUGAUCAUUGUGAGAGGAGGAAUCCUCUCUUCUUAGCUAAUAAUAAUCGAGAUGAUAUCAUCAGGGAUUCAUUCGAGUCUGAUAAUCGUGAUAAAUCAUUUAAUUAUCUCCUCGGUGGAACAUGCUACAAAAAUAUCCACCAGCAUCAUCAUCAGCUGGUUCGGCAUGAAGUGGAGGAGGAGGACAAAAAUCGUAACUUCGAUUUCCAUCAAAACGAGUACGAUUAUUAUAACUACCACAACAAUAAGAGACAAAAUAUAAACAAUUCUAAGAUGGCCGGAAAUAACUUAAUAUACUUGAACAAUGGCUUAGCUACUUAUUCCAGAAUAGACACGGUGAACUGUUCUAGUUUCAAUAAUUAUUACAUUUCUUACCAUCAUCCGCAGACGAUUCCUGAUGCCAAAGAUUUAAUCGCGAACACAAAUUACGUGUACGAUGCUGGUAAUGCAAAUAGAAAUAAUCAUAUGAUCGGUAUGGAGAGAAAUUAUCAAGCCGGAAGUUUAAAUGCGGGAAAUUUUAAGAAUACUGGGAAUUAUUGUUCCUCUCGCGUUUCAGAAUAUUGUAAGGACGAGGGUCGAUUUGAUAGCUAUUAUUACAACUAUGAUAAACACUUUUCGAGUAAUAACAAAAACAAUAAUUCCAAUAGCAAUUUUCAAAUCGCGAGCCUUAACGACGAACAAGCCCCAUGUUACGAAAGGACCAUAAAGAGUGUCAAAUCUUCGAUAGACCCAUUUAAGGAGCCCGUCUCCCAAAACAAUUUUUUCAAGGAUUUCAAUAGCUUCAAUCAUCUCAACCAUUUAAAUCAAUUGAAUUAUGGGAAAUCUGGGGUGGAAUGGUUUCCCGAGACCACUGCCACAUAUCGAUUCCAUCCCAUUACGCCAGACAAUCUCACCAAAAUGUGCAACAAGAAAUAUAAUUAUGAGAUUUGGGAUGAUAAUGACUACGUCAAAGGUGUUGUCAAUGGGGAAAAUAAUUCACUAUUCAUACCCGACGAUAAUGUCAGUGGCUCGUUACCGAUAGCUCACGACAAACAGGAUCCAAGAGAUGUUAGUUCUGCCAAUUUUGACGCCGCAUUAGACAACGUUAAAGUUUCAACGGAGGAAUCUAGUCUGUUAACAGCUAAAACCGAGGCAGAUUCUUGCGGUACUACAACUAAGUGUAUCGAAGAAUGUAAUGGGGUUCAUGAUGGAGACGGAAACUAUCAUACAUACAAUUCUUAUUCGACGAAACCACCCUACAGCUACAUAGCUCUCAUAGCUCUGGCAAUCCAACAUUCCCCAUCUAAAAGAGUAACCUUAAACGGAAUUUACAAAUUUAUCAUGGAGAAAUUCCCAUUUUAUAGGGAUAAUUGUCAAGGAUGGCAGAAUAGCAUCAGGCACAAUCUCUCCCUCAAUGAAUGUUUCGUUAAAGGCAGCAGGAAUAAAGGUAAUAAUGGGACUAACAUCUAUCCCAACAAUAACAAAGGAAGUUAUUGGACACUUGAUCCUGACAGUUUAAACAUGUUUGAAAAUGGUAGCUUUCUGAGGAGGAGACGCCGAAAAAAAAACUUUGUA